UUGGGUGAGGAGGAGAGUGUGUCAGCGAAGCGGCGUCGUACCCGAAGAGCUACAUUUCCCGCGAUACGCGCACGAUCCCCUCCAAAAAUGGCCCUGAACCCCGACACGGAGGGGAAAACGGACACGGAAUGUACCGAGACAGGAGCUCUCCGCUCGGAGGCGGACGAUUGCACGAAGAAUUCACCGUCAACCGCCACCUCGGCCACAAGCAACCAAAAUGGCGAUCAGACUGGAUGUGAAGACAGUGUAAUGCCCGAACAAGAAGCCCCUGAUCGGCGGAGAUGCGUUCCGACGGGCGCUCGGAGCUCCAGCAGUUCGCCCCUGCCGGGGCAGAGACCAGCCGAAGAAUUGCCACGAAAAAAUUUUCAAAUCCCUAGGAAAAUUAAAGAACGGAAAGGUGGUUUGUACCAGUUCCUGCCACCUGACAGUCGGGAGUUUGAGGAUCUUGUGAAGGUCCUCUCCUCGUUUUACCUGGACCCGUCUUCACGAGGAACAUUCUCCUAUUGCAAGGCCAGGCUCAUCCACAAUGAACUACUGGAGAAGGAGUUUAUAGAGAAGCGGAGAGAGAUGAAACAGGAGGGACGGACGGAACAAGAGCUGGCUGAGUCUUACUGUUUCCUUUAUCCAGACAAAUCCAAGCUUCAGUGGAUCUGUGAAAAGGGUCUCUCGGUUGGACACUCAAGGAUUACUACACUGGGAAAUCCAGCAGUUGGUGUUUAUCUCUCAAAAUUCUCUGAUUUGCUGCAAAUGAACCCAUUUGAAGCAGGUUCAUUUGGAGACAUGAUUGUUUUCAAAGUUAUGAAGGGCCGAUUAAAGCACAUCCAUGAGAACAUGCCUAAAAAUGCCAUGGAACCUGCACCUAAGUUUGACUGUCACGUGUACAAAAGUGCCAACAGGGUCACGUCUUUGCUUUCAUACAGGGCUUUUGAGCUCACACAGCAAUACUUUUUUGAGUUUGCGUUUGAUGAGAUCAAAGCACGGCCAAGGCAUGUGUGUCCGUAUGCUGUGGUUUCCUUUCACUACAAAGGCAAGGAAGCUGCAUCGGCUCCUAUGUCUGCACACAGGUUCAACACAGUUUCCCUUGAAGGAAGCAGAGCUGGGAAGAGCUGCUACACUGUGUGGAGUGGUCCACUAGUGAACAAAGGCGAGGAGCUGUUCCAGGUCUGUUUACGGUCCACCACGCGUCCCUACCUGCCUUUCAAACUGCCUGAGAAGCUAGAGGUGAAUCAGGGCAUGCAACUAGAGCAAGUGAAGAGGAAGAUUCCUUCCGUGCUCUUCUCUUGGGACACUUACAGCAUCUCACGGGAAGUGAUGAAGUGUGGGAUGUCCUGCAGCCUCUAUGAUGUUGUAGAUGGGAAAAGCAAGCCAACCAGUGGUAGUCUUGCAGCGCUGGUACACAAACUGGAGAGAGACAGGAUGGUGCUGGUGAAGCCCUUGUUUGACAAGGGCUUUCUCUUCCUGCUGUCUUCAACUCAAAUGGCCAAUCCCAAAGAGCGGCGGGGGCGGUUUGAAAAGAACCUGCAGGCAUUGUUCAUCUUUCAGGAGUCAAGGGUGGUUGUCAAGUAUUCGUCCAGGCUAUAUGAGCCGGAACCGCUAUUGCUGGAUCCCCAACCCGCCAUCCUGUCCUCCCUGGAGCCCUUUGUCCCAGCUCUCCAUUAUGCUCUGCUCAAGCUUAGGCCCAACCCAGGCAAGGACCUAAGCUCAGGGGUGGAGAGACAGGCUCAGGAAUACCUUAUGCGUAUGGACCAUGGUACAGUUCGGCCCUUCAUCCUGCCAGAGUACAAACAGAACCUGGAUGACAGGGGAAAAUUGCACCCACCACCCAGGCCCAAAUCCAAUAUGGAAAGCCUGCUGCGUUCUUAUAUUCAUAACCCUGCCACCUACAUCCUGUCUAUGAACAAGAUAAAGGACAUGGUUGAAAGAAACCAGAACCCCUUCCCCACCUCAGCCCCGGCCCCAGUUGAAUACAGCCCGGUUUCUGACUGGGGUGGGUCAGACAGGGGCUCAGAUAGGACAGAGAGGGCUCCAGAAAGGCAAACCCAAGAGAGACCGCCUCAGGAGAGGCCAGCACAAGAGAAGCCUCCCUCUGAAAACUCUCGACGGAGAUCAGGCGUGUCCCAUUCAAACGGCGCCCAGCCCCAGAUAGAACCUCAGCCGCAGAAGUUACGGUUGUCUCAGAAUGAGUAUGAUAAAGACAAGAUGAAACAGCUGCUGAAGCUGAUCCAAUUGCAUAAGAAAGCCCUAGUGAAGGAUCCAGGAAAAGAAAGGGGGGAGGCUGGUGAGGAUGGGGCCUGGGACCCUCACAGUCUGAAAAGGAAACUAGAAGAUGACCGAGGAGGCAUGAACAAACACCAGCGCACAGAUCCCCUGAGUAAUGGAGAGCCCAGUAGAGGAUCCCAGGCAGAUGAAGGCUCAGAUGAGGGGGGCCAGAACUACAAUCUGACAGCAGUGAUGGAGAGCAUGGGUAUCUAUGAUACUGACCUGAGAGCCCGGGGCAGCGCCCAUAGCUCUUCUGUCAGCGAGACUCAGCGCCUUCUUAAAAUCCUGCUAGCCACCCUCAAUAAGGCCAUGACCCAAAGUUCCGGUAAUGACCAGCCCAACCGCGGGGAGUCCUCUGCAGGUUCAGGAAGGAGGGAGCCAAGCAUCCCUGACCCGGACCUCAGGAAACAGGAAGAGCCAGCCUCACAGACAAACUAUACAGAGGAGGACAUGGACUGUAGCCCAGGUAGUCCGUUCAGCCCAGGUUCUCCAGCAGAGCAACCUCACACCUCAGACAAUCCAACCUGUGGUAUCCCAACCCAUGAAGAUAAUAUCCAGUCGGUCCCAGAACCUGUGGCUGUCCCCGUGGCAGACAGCCACUCAGAAGUGAAGACUCCUCCAGUGGUGGAGGUGAAGAAGACAGCACCGCCACCCAGUUUAGUCACGGUAGAGGACCCACCCAACAGGCCCUCCAUCAGUCUGGACACUAUCCUCAACCAGGAGAUUCACAGCCUCACCUCCGACAUCAAGAACAUUAUGCGGAGUCAGCACAUCUACUACAACUCCCUGCUGCCUCCACGGCUCCCGUGGCACCAAUCCUGGCUCCCCAACAGUUCCUUCUCAGAUUUUGUUAUUCCCUUUGUCACCUCUGUCCCCAUCCAGGGGCAUGUCAAAGCACUGUGUGAGAAGAUGGACAAGCUGAUCCCAGUCCCCCCUCCUCUUCCUCCUGCCCCCAAUAUCACUUCCCCACCUCCCCAAGCUGCGGUGUCAAAUCUUACACCUUCACCUGUGGUCAAAUCAACCCCCCAAACCAAAGCAGAACCAUCUCAGUCCAAGAAUGCCGCUGCUUCUCAUGGUGCAAAAUUGGGCACAGUGAAAGAGAAAGAGAAGGCCUCCGCUACCACAAAAGCUGAGGCUGCUUCAUCAGAACUGGGUGGUGAGAUGUAUUCUCCAUCUCAAGUUACCUCAGACUCCCCAGAGUUGAAUGCCACCCAGAACGCCAGCUCAAAUCCAGGACCUGCUCCUGGUUCCAGCUUGCUAGCUAACAGUCUGAUUGGACAGCUGAAGCCUGAGGUGUUCAGCAGCCUAGUGGAGAUCUUUAAGGACGUCACUAAGAACACUGUAAAGUUCUACAUAUAUUCUGGAGACGAGGGGGACGAAAGCACCGUCUGUAAGCAGAUUAAGGAGUACCUGAUAAGUUUAGGCAACAGCGAAUGCAAUCCGCAGACCUUCUUGGAAAACAGCAGCAGUUUAGAUAAACUGCUCAUCAUCAUCCAGAAUGAGGACAUUGCUGCACAUGUCCACAAGAUUCCAGCGCUGGUGUCACUGAAGAAGCUGGCUUCAGUGAGCUUUGCUGGGGUAGACUCGCUGGAUGAUGUUAAGAAUCACACCUACAAUGAGCUGUUUGUAUCAGGAGGCUUCAUUGUUUCUGACGAGUUUGUCCUCAACCCUGACCUUAUCACUCAAGAUCGGUUGCAGGGACUACUGAAGUUCUUGGAGGAGCAGAGCACCCCAGAGCACCCCUGGCAGUGGAAAGUGCACUGCAAAUCCCAGAAGAAGCUCAAAGAGCUGGGAAGGUUGAACGCCAAUGCCAUGGGGCUUCUGAACCUACUGACAACUUAUCAGAAGAAGCACCUGGUGGAGUUCUUGCCUUAUCAUGAGUGUGACACCCAGUCACGUCAGGCUCCAGACCUAGACUGCCUGAUAAAGCUCCAGUCUCAGCACACCCAGCAGAGGCAUCUCAUCUUCCUCACAGAGAGGCCAUUUGAGAUGUUUCUGCAGUACUCCAGAAAUGGUAUAGUGAUAGCAAGCAUUGAUGACAUCCUGAGCGGAUUCCACAGCCUGAUUGGCUCCAUUAAUCAGAACGAACUGCCAACUCCACCGUCUACUGUAGUGAAUGAUGAGUGUGUGGAGGAGGAGGAUAUGUCAUUAGACUCUGAUGAUGGGGAGCCCCCAGCCAUAUCGGAGUCCUCUGAGCAGGAACAGGGGGCUGCAGAGGAAAACCCUCCCCAGCCUCCCCCACCUGAAAAUGAGGCGUUCCGUCCCCCACUCCCAGACCAGCAGGCAACCCCCGAGAGCACACCAAAAUUGCCAGAUUAUGCUGCUCUCAAGUCUGCCAUCUCUCACUUUAAAACCACCAACCAGCCAGGCUCCUCCGAAGUGGGCAGCAUGUCACCUGGAGGUUUCACUGUCAAUCCCCACCAGAGCUUCCUGUGUCCUGCCUCGUGGCCAUCCUUCACCUGCUCCUCUGGCUACACGGCCUCCCCAGCCUAUCCGGCGUCACCCUGCAGCAGCACCACACAAGAGCAGCCUCCAUCCACAGCCUCUACCACAGUCCCAGGCCCACCUCUCCUAACCACAGCAGGACCUCUAGCCAACCUAGCCUCCCUCCCCCUAGAGGUCAAACCUCCUCCUCCGCCUCACCUCAUGAUGCUGGGUCACACGUAUGGCUCUGACACUGGAGGAGCUGGGGCUGUAGGAGCUUUCCUGGCAGGCAGUAACUGCACACUGCCCAAUGCCGCCGUGGAGGGCUCUCCCCUCUCCAACACUCUCCCUUUCACAGACAAUAAAGGGGUCUCUAUGGCUUCCGCAGGUCAGGGCUUCACCCAGAGCGAUGCUGCCAAACCCAGUUACAUAAGCGGCGUACCGAAAAGCGCCAGUGGGACCUCCACUCAACAAGGAGACAGGACACUUGGUGGACCUAUGGAGAUUGCAUGGGGGACAGCAGGGAACAGUAGUUGUGAGACUGGCAGCAGCCAGAUUGUGGUCACGCCUGGCUCAGUGGCCCACAGUGGGCUCAUACAGGGUGGAGAGUGGAAUGAAACCCCUGGCAACAUUACCCCUGUUAGUCAGGGGGGCAGGACUCCAGUGAACUGUGUAGACAGCCUUGGAGCUUGUGUUGGUAUUCCCACAGCAGCCACAAGGGGGGGCUCAAUAGUCAGACCUAAGAUGCCUGGGCAUCCUUUGAGUGGUGGGGGUUAUGGCAAUAUGGGUGCCAUUUCUGGACAUAUGGAUCAUGGGGCUAUGCGGGGUUCUAUGGGCCCUGGUUCACUAGGGGGCUACCGGGGGAGAGGAGUCCCACCAGGAGGCCCCUGGCCAAGGCCAGGGCGUGGACACGAACGAAGGGAGGGACCUGGAGGUGGUCCCUGUUCUUGGGGCUAUCCUUUGGGCAGGGGUAGGGGACAGGAAUACUACACAUACUCACAGAGUUACUCCCCCUGAACAGACAAUCAUUGUGAUCAAUGGGGGAUCGUAAGCAGCAUACUCCAGAGACUUAGAGCUGGCUGAAUGUAUAUAUUAACUUGUCAUAGACACAAUGGUUUAAAACACAGAAUUAGAAUCCUGGUUUUUCUACAUUAAUAACUGAUACAGGCAGUGCCGAGUGUCAUACUGUCGUGUAUACUGUAUGUACACUCUUUCGAUGUAAGCUGUUUCAGACCCUGUCCAAACCACUAUAUUUAUAUUUGCCAAGAAAUGUAAUGGCCUUCAGCUUCUCCGAUUUGUCAUGUAAUUUCUGUUUGUCUCAAUUUUGAAACGGUUUGUGAACAGGGGGAGGGGGGGAGUCUGAUAUUUUUUUAAAGAAAAAAAAAGUGAAUGACACUUACUGUUGGUUUUCUUUUUUUACAUCCUUGGUUGUUAAAAAUCUAUGGAAAUAAAAUGUUUCAAAUCUUGUUUGUGUCAAGGGUUUGACAGUGUCAAGCAGUUCAUUAAAAAUAUAAACCACA